AUGGCUCAAGUAGCCUGCACCUUUACCAGAGCUAUGACGUUCACCUCUCCUGAUAAGUUCGACAUCGUGUCCAUGGACGCAAUGGUCAGUGGUCACUUUAGGGGGCACAACGACUCCACAAUACAAGCAAACAAAAUCAAUCUGCACAAUUACCUUGCCCAUCGCACAGAUGACACUUACCCACUUCCACCUAACAUGGACAGUGACCCCGACCGAACACCACCCGGCCUUGCACUCCUUGACCUCGAAACAGCGACAAACCCAGCCGUUGACGCCGCCUUUCAGCUCGAGGCUGAUUACAGUCGCUUCGACCGUUGGGCCCUCCAGUUCGACAAGGGUCAUACCUUUCCUCCUUGCGGCAAUCCGCAAUGUAGUAAUGGGUGCUCUGGCCCUGUCGAUGAAGGGAUGUGGUGCCUUCCGUGUUGGUUGGAUCACGGCGCGGGCUUCGAGAAAUGCAAGCUGGUGGACGAAUACCUGAAGCAGACGCUGUGCGAAGAGGGAUACCUCACCCCGGAAACGGCCCCGGCGUUUCUCGAGGACUAUUGGAGGAUGAAGAGCGACGUCAUGCUAGAGGAAACACCGUCGACUUGUCUCGCGGGGCUCGAUGGCCGCGUCACCCAUGCUCUUGACAGGGCGUCAGACCUCCUCUCGCAUUCCCGGGACCUACUUUUAAAUCCAUUGUUACAUGCGCGUCGCUGCUCUCAAAAGCUCGCUGAGCUGGAGGAGGUCCUCGCCUCUCUCAGAAAAGAGAACAUUCGCAUCGCUAACGCCAACCUUCGUGCUCGCAAACGGUGGAUGUACAUGAGCGACGUCGUUGACCAAUCCAUUACCAAGUUGUAUGCUAAGAACGUGGAACCUCGCAAGGCUUUGGAGGAAGGGAGGGAAACUCUUUGGCGAUGUCAGUACAUGCGGCUGCUUUUGGAAUCUUGA